AUGGUUCGCUGUUCUAUUAUCGCUGUGGCUUUUGCCAUUCUCGGAACCGAAGCUGGCCCCUGUCGACCCACGACCAUGACGAGCGUUGCUGAGGCCUCUUCGACGAUCGCUUCCGAUACGACGGUUACUUCUUUGGCUACCACUGCAACAACUGCCCUUGUGGAGACGACUUCUACCGUCUUGGAAGAUACCACCUCCACUGCCGCCGCAGAGAGCACGACGACAACCGAAGAGCCCGCCUGCGUCGAAACCCAAGUCAUCGUCAACCCCGGCUUCGACGACAGCGCCAACAGUAAAUCGCCUUGGUCCGGCGACGGCUCGAUCAUCACCGACGGCGCCAAUUCCGCUCCCAAUGCCAUCUCUUUCGUCUUCUCCAAUGGCGGCGGCGACGCGCAGAUCUCCCAGACUCUGACCAACCUCGACGGCACCUACCGACUGAGCUACAACUGGGGCGUUUUCUCCGGCGUCAACGUCGGCGCUGGUUUCGGAUGCAGCAUCAUUCCCAAGAUUGGAGACGAUGUCCUGCCUGGUGUAUAUCCCGACGGGUACAGCGGUUGGACUGCCGAGAGCAAGACCUGGUCAAGCGGAAGCAGCGCAGUUGCUCAGGCUGACCUGUCGCUUGUUCUGCAGUGCUCUGGAGAAUAUGAUCAGCUUACGAUCAAUGUUGAUGACAUCACUUUCACCAAGCUCUGCGGUCCUCAGGCUAGUUAA